AUGCAUUGGUUGCCUGCUCGAUCAGCCAAAGGCGCCCCGCAGACUCUGCCUCCACACCCAGAGCGGGAUGCCUGGAAAGAACCCAGCUUACCACAUAAUAGCGUAGUGGCAACUCACCUGGCAUCACCCGGACUUCUGAUGCAGUUGUUUUAUGGACCAACAUCGAAUUUCUCCUUGAUGCAGAGAAUCUAUCUUGACCUCAUCCCAGGGUAUGCGGAGAAAGUUUCUGAGAUGUCCAAGAGUGUCACUGAGGAGGGAAGUGCAGGACUAGAGAUGUUCGAUUUCCGUCACAUAUUCUUUGGAUUUCCUGAGAGCAGUCAUGAGGGGAAUACUGGCCACGGAAGAGUGUCGGCGUUCCCGAUCUUCAUCCCAUACCCAGUUGCCAAGUCUUUGCUUCUUCAUUUUCUGGAAACAUUGUAUUAUCUCAUGCCAUUUCACCCCAAAGAGGUGUACGAGCAGAGAUUGAAAGAAAUGUAUGACGCGCCAAUUGGUUCGGCAAAAGAAACACCGGGGGAUCAGGUAUUGCUGAUGGCUAUCGCAAUCGCGGCAAUCAACUCAGAGCAUCAUCGCCUCGCAGACACCCUAUUUGAGUGUGUCAAUAGUCGAAUGGCCGCCAUGAUGGACAUAGUGAACCUCGAGAUGGUGCAAACUUCAUUGAUCAUGAUGAGUUUCCCUGUAUCCCAAAGAUCUUGA